CACAGAAGGCUUCGAUGAGAAAUGCAAAAUUAACCAGAUUUACUUGUUUUCACUGGAGAGAGAGAGAGAAAUUGUAGGGAGGGGGAGAAUCUAGAGAGAGAAAAUAUAGGGAAGGCGAGAGUCUGGGUUUGUGUGUGAGGGGCCAAUUUGAAACAUUCGGAUUCACUCGAAUGACCAAUUCAGGAUCAUAGAGAGAGAGAGAGAGAGAGAGAGAGAGAGAGAGAGAGAGUCGGUUUAUGUACAUGUAUUAGUAUUCUGUAAUUGGGGAUUGUGAUUAUAACAAAACAGAAGGGGGAGGGGUUUCUUUUGGUUGAAAUUGAAUCCGAUUAGGGGAGAGAAUCUAAAGCGAUAGAAGAAGAUUGAGAAACUGGAGUUUUCGUUUGCGAUAGGCGAUGGUGGCCGCAAAGUGGACGGGGCGGAUUGUGUAUGAGUUAUGCAAUGCGGCGGAGGUGAUUGAAGAACCGAAAGGAAUCAACUCGGGCUAAACAAAAGAUUUGGUUAGUAUCUCAUGAAUCAGAAGGUUAACAUGAGAGUAGAGUCCGGGAUCUGCAACCUGUGUUCUGCUCCUUGUUCAUCUUGCAUGCACCUUAAUCUAACUCGAAUGGGUUCAAAGAGUGAUGGAUGUUCUGAGGAAACCUGCCAUGCGACUGUAACAAGUCAGAUCUCUAUCAGUGUGGGUGAUGUACUUUCUUCUAAGAGUAGAGCAUGUGAAACUUUACAGUAUGCCACCAGUGAAGGAAGUAUCCUGCUCAGUGUCAAUUCAAGUCAUGAUUCAUUGUCUGAAAAUCCAGAAAGCAAAGUGAUUAUCAGGUCAUCAGACAUAUCUGAUACUGCGGAUGGCACUGAGGUGCUCCCCAAUUCAUCUUUAUGUGGAACAGGAGCAGAUGGUCAACCUUCUUCAAAAGCACAACCUGUUUUGGAUCAAAGUACUUCAAAACUGAAAGAGGAAUUUAGAGAAUUUGAAGACCGUGAUGAUAACACAUCACGCAUUAAUAGUGUGAAUGACGAUGAUGUACUGGGCAGUUACUCCAAGGAAAAUUUAGAAAGGAAAAAUGUGUCAUUCAGUGCAGCUUCUGUUAGUAAUUUAGGUCCUAAAGGAUCUGGAAAGACAGUUAUUUCCUGCAAUUCAGGCAUGUUAGAGACUCAGUCAACUGAUGCUUCUGCCCAUGGUGGCCUACCAAAGGGAAAAGUGCCUCAGUGCCCUAGUGAAUAUAUCAAUUUGUCAUUGUCAAAAAAGGCAGCAACUGGGGCAACUUCAGAGGUUUCAAAUAAAAACUCAGAAGUGGAGCCGAACAAGGAUAGUAAACAGCCACCUGAGGAAGGUCACAAAAUUUCUGAUAAAGUUGAUGAAGAUAAGAAGACCAUUAAGUCAGCUGGGCUAUGUGAUGAAAAGGAACAUCUAUUGCAGUCUGCAUCGGCAGAUGAGAGUGAUGAUUCAGAUAUUGUGGAACAUGAUGUAAAGAUAUGCGAUAUAUGUGGGGAUGCAGGUAGGGAGGAUUUACUUGCUAUAUGUAGCAAGUGCAGUGAUGGUGCCGAACACACUUACUGCAUGCGAGAGAUGCUUCAGAAAGUUCCAGAAGGUGAUUGGCUUUGUGAAGAAUGUAAGAUUGCUGAGGAAAGUGAAAGCCAGAAGCAAGAUGCUGAGGUUGAAAGAGUAAAUAAAGCUAGUCCAAGUAUACCAAACUCUGGUGACAAACAUGCAGAAAAUUUGGAGGUUGCUUCAGCUUCGAGAAGGCAGGCAAUUGAAGCAAAUAUUGUGUCUCCGAAGUCGUCUAGUCCUCACAGAACAGCUACACUAUCUCGUGAUAGUUCUUUCAAGAACUUAGAUAAGGGGAAAGUACGGCCAACUCAAAAGUCAUUUGGAAAUCAAUCUGGUAAUGAUAUUUUAGAAACUGUGCGCUCCCCCACCACCAGUAUGCGGCUUCAUCCUCCAAAAGGUACUCUGUUAAAAUCCAAGUCAUUUAGUACCUCCAAUUUCAAACCAAAACUCAAGCAGGUAGAUGAUGUUCCCUACAGGCAGAAGGGGACUAAAGAACAUGCUGCUUCUGAUCUGCAGGAGGGCCGUACAAGAACAAUAGGCAAAUCUGCCUCAUUUAAAUCUGUGAUUCAUGGCCAUUUAAAUGCUCCUGAAUCGAAAGUUAAAACGCUUUCUUCUCAAUUUUCACGUGCUCAAGAUAUAAAAGGAUUCAAAGCAGCUAAAGACCGGAAUGCACCUGAAUGGAGAAAAUCUUUAAAACAGGAUCGCCCUUUUGUUACUUCAACUGCAGUUAGUUCUUCUAUCUCAAGUGCCAAGGCUGAUUCAAAAAUGACAUCUGCAAGUAACAACCGAGAUUCAAAAGGUGUUCAAUCUGAUGGAAAGUUGAGAACCCUGACAAAAUCAGCCAGCGGUCUGGCUCGUAAAGUUUUAGAAACUUCAGUUACUUCUGUUGGAGAUUCAGAUACUUGUGGAAACAGUGGUUCUGGUGGGCAGAAGAUUAACCAAGCCAUCCCUAAGGAUGAAACAGCCUCAAAUGCUUCUUGGACUGCUGACAGACCAUCAAGUAAUUUCUGUGUUCUAGAUGGGUUACCCAGGUCGGGGGAACUGUCGCAUCAGGGUGAGAAAAGUAGGGAGGUGCCUGUUAGUCGUUCAAAGCAUCCAGUAACAACGGCUUCCAGAAAUUUUCCUUGUAGAAAAUGUAGAGAAACUGGUCAUGCUGCCGAAUAUUGUCCUGUCAGUAGUCCACGGUCUUCAGGUGUUGAUUUGUCUGUUGCAAGAAGUAUGAAAGAGGAGAUGAGAAAAGGUAGUAAGUUAAAAGCUGCAGUUGAGGUUGCUAUGCUGAAAAGGCCUGGAAUACACAAAGAGAAAGGAGAUAUGGAAGAAACGGAUGGGUUGCCCACUCCAAAGGCAGCUGUAAAAUUUGAAAUAGCAUCUGAAGAGCAUAGUUAUGCACAUUCCCCUGCAGUGUCUGUCUUUUGUAAAGCAUUUGCUAUUCCAGAACCUGAGUAUAUUUGGCAGGGUACUUUUGAGGUGCAAAAAGGUGGAAAAUUUUUGGACUUGUGUGGUGCUUUCCAAGCACAUGUAUCAACUUGUGCAUCACCAAAGGUGCUGGAAGUAGUGAAGAAGCUGCCACUUAAAGUCACCUUAGAUGAGGUACCUCGCUUGAGCAUGUGGCCAACACAGUUUCAAUGUCAUGGUGUCCAUGAGGAUAAUAUUGCUCUUUAUUUCUUUGCCAAGGAUCUUGAGAGUUAUGAGAAAAGUUAUAUGGGCUUGUUGGAUAGCAUGAUUAAAAGUGAUUUAGCUCUCAAAGGAACUGUUGAUGGGUUUGAACUCUUGCUAUUCCCUUCCAACGUACUUCCUGAGAACUGCCAGCGUUGGAACAUGCUAUUUUUUCUUUGGGGAGUUUUCAGGGGUAGGAGAUCAAAUUGUUCAGUUUCCCCAAGUUAUUCAGAUCCUUCAAAGAAGUUAGGUGUUUUUGAUUCAAAUGCAGUGCCCACAUUGAAAGAAAUUUCAAAUGCCAUCACAUCUUUUUCUGAGAACGUAUGUUCAGCCACACAUACUGAGAGAAAAAGCUCACUUGCAUGUGAAAGUUCUUGCAAUGCAGUCCAAGAAUAUGAUGCUACUGACAAGACUUAUGUCACAAUGAAUGGUGAUAGUGAUAAAGAAGUUUGUCUUAUGGAGGAUAGAAUUUUGGAUUUGCAAGCUAACUGCAAACAGGAAGAUGGUGAACUUGAAUCAAAAUCCUCAUCAAAUAUUGCAAGUAGCAUGGUAUCUUUAUGCCCCAAAAUGGAAUCUAAUGAUCCUCUGGAAUGUCAGGGACAACACGUAAAGCUGAAGAAACCUUCUGUUGUGGCAAUUGGAAUCAAGGGAGGUUUUGGCAAGAGUGAGAAGACUCGAUCGGAUGCUUUACUUGUGAAGGAAGACAGCUCAGCUUUUAAGCAGCUCCCUAUUCGGAAUGGAGAAAAAUGUAUUGCUGGGUAUAUUGGUGAGGUUGAAGUAGCAGAUAGAAUGCUUAUUGACGGCGAUGGAAUUAAACUUGAAAGGAACUUGGGAAGAGAUGAUCGGGAUAUGAAUAUAGAGACUUGCUCAGCUGGUCGCCGAAAUAUUGAAGGCCUCAAUUCCAAGCACAGAAAACGUCCAUACUUCGAUCUGUCCAAACCGGCCCCUCAAUCUUCUAAUGACAUGGAUCAAAGGUUGCCAUGGAAUGAGCUGAAUACCAUUUACAAUGGGGAAAUUAUUAAUAAAAAGCUGAAGGCUGAUUUUAGUGAAGUAUAUGAAUGUAGAAGGACUAAAGAUGUUUGUGCUUCUCAGAUGCAUGAUACGUAUUCUGGUUGCGCAAUAGAGGAUAAAACAUCGGAAGAGUCUUGUGAUGAGAAAGUUAUCCUAGAGGACUUAGGCUCUGCUGAGAGGUCCUUCUUUCCUGUGGUCACACCUCAUGUGAAGGAUUUUCAGUUGGAAGACAAUCCCAUGCCAUGGAAACAACCCUCAUUUGAAGAUCAAAAUAGAUCUCAUGAUCGUGUCCCAGAUCUCGAGCUUGCUUUAGGGGCUGAUAGAAAACCUCCAAAUAAGGGACUUCUGCCCUUUUUUGUUGGAAUGGUAGACAGAAAUAAUACCCAGAAUAAGCCCUUUGAUAAGAUGACUGAUGUAGCAGAGGAGGAUGACCCUGCUGCCUCUCUCUCCCUCUCUCUUUCAUUCCCGUUUACGGACAAGGAACAAAAUGUGAAAUCUGUCUCAAAAAGGGAGCAGGUCCUGCCAGAAAGGCAUAAUGUGAAUACUUCACUGCUGCUCUUUGGGGGCUUGUCAGAUAAAUAGGCCAAUGAUGACGACCACAGUUUGUGUUAUAUUCUUCAUAAUACAGGUGGGAAGAUGAUAAUCUUACGAUGGCCUUAUGGGGACCUAUGUUCCAUCUGUUUAAUACCAACACAGGAUUGCUAAUAAUUUCCCUUUUGCCGUUUUUAGGACCUUGUUGUUUUUGAGUGCAUAGCCGGCUGUUUGUAUAUAAGGUGAACUAAGCCGGAACGGUUUCGAAAUGCCUAAAGAAAUUUUAAGACCAAUGCUUCAACAAUGGUUUUAUGUUAAUUUUGCCCCAUCCUUCAGUUUUUUUCAAGGUUGGUUAAAACAUUAGAGUUUGCUUUCCCUAGUAUAUAUAUAUUUUUUCA